CUAAUAUAAUGGUGUCAUAAGGAAAUUACUCGAUUGCUCAUGAAGUAACCUAGAAACAGCCAAUGAACCGUAUCUUAUUAUGCUCAGGUAUUCAAUCGCCUCUAAAAUUAACAUAAAAGCCAAGCAGUUUUCACUUAAGUUUGGUUAGGUGUUGUUUCCUUUGGAACACCACGCGCGAUGACAUUGUACUAUCAUUUGGGUCAAAAAUUCCUUAAUUUAGAAUCGAUAUAAAAACACAAUAGAUGUAAGAUGGUGCCACGCAGUUCUGCCAAAUAUCUUGAGGGCAAAAGUAUUUCGAUGGCGUUAGAUUACAGGCGACAAUGAAAGUUUAGUAACUUCAAGAAACUUCAAAGAUCACUGAAUCGUUAUUGUACUGGCCGCAGCAGACGAGACGAAUACCUGAGAUUGUUUUGGUUCUUAGUUUUUAAACCAAAAACUUGGGCGAAAUAUUCAAUGAGGUUGGACCAACAAUGACACUUCGGAGGAAGAAGUCUUUAUCGAUCGUUUUGUUGUUCGGAUUGGCGCUAUUUCUCUUCGCUUUUCCCUUACAAAAAUUACAAUUUGGAGACAGCAAUCGCAAGAGCAUCGAUGCAACAGGAAGUGACUUAAACUUUGAUUCACCAGAAAAGACCUCCAUUCUUCAAAAAACUUCGAAAUAUCUACAGGAAUCAAAACUGGUUUAUAAUCCACAAGGAACUAAUGACUACGAAAGGAAAGAGAACAGAGAUACACUUCAAAUCAUUUCGCUUCAACAUCCUAUUAAAGUUCCUUUAUCGCAAGUAAAACAUUAUAAAGAAAAAACAACAGUUAGUCGAGAUUUUCUAAGCAAAAAGAUCAAAGCAGGCGUCGGAGAAAUGAGGAAAAGAUUUCCAACAGCGAUAAUCCUUGGCGUCAAGAAGGCUGGCACUAGGGCCCUCUUAGAGAUCCUUAGAAUGCACCCCAACGUAAUAGGUGCCUCAAAUGAGGUGUACUUCUUCAAUGGUUACCACACCAAAGGGUUGGAAUGGUACCGACAACAAAUGCCCGUGUCCUCCCCGGGACAAAUGACUAUCGAGAAAAGCCCUACUUACUUCACUAGCGUCCAGAACACUCAAGUUGUAAACAGAAUGUUCAUAUUUUCGAGAUCAAUGGCGGAGAGAUUGAAGUUGAUAGUGGUCGUUCGUGACCCAGUUAAGAGGUGUGUGUCUGAAUACACCGACAUGGUUGCUAGAAGCAAAAAGAAUGAAAUACCAGCCGUUGAUGACAUCGAAAAACUUAUUUUGCACGACAACGGUACCGUCAAUGCUGAUUCUGAACUAGUUAAAAUAGGAUUGUAUGACAAACAUCUUAAAAAGUGGCUGGAAUAUUUCUUAGAAAGUGAGAUACACUUUGUGAGCGGCGAAGAGUUAGCAAAAAAUCCACUGGAGGAGAUCAAAUCUGUGGAAAAGUUUUUAGAGCUGAGUCCAUUUUUUACGGAUAGGAAUUUUAGGAUUAAUAAAUCCAAAGGAUUUCCCUGUUUUUUGCCCGACCCUGCGGUGAAUGUGUCGUACUGUCUGCCUUCCAACAAGGGAAGAAAACAUGCUGACAUAAAACGAACGACGUUGGAACUCCUUAGACGUUUUUAUCAACCAUACAACAAGCAAUUCUAUUCGACUGUAAAAAGGAACUUCAGGUGGUCCUAGAAAAGAUUAUAUUACUGUGAAUAUACGGUAAAUUACUUACACAUAGCUGUGCCUUGUUCAAGAAUUCGACUUUCCAAAACAUGUAUGAAGACUGGUAAUAAACGCAUCACGCGUUGGAUUGUGGGAUUGAAUGUAGAGGCGAGGCUGCGUAGCUUUUACAUAUUUUCGUUGAAUUCAAGCCCACAAUCCUAUGCAGUAGAGGUUCGUAAUUCACGGCACACAGCAAGGGUAAAAAAUUAUCGCCUCUCAACUGUACAAAAUAUACUGUACAUAUAUACUUAAAAUAAAAAUAAAUUAUAAAGUUUUAUUAAAGAUGUUAAGAAGUUUCA